GAAUUCAGUCGCAGCUGGCUCCCCACACUGCCAGAGUCAGGCUGCGGUCGCGCCAGACGCUUUUUCCCAGGAGCAAGCCACGAGCGUCGGCUGGUUCUCCGGCUCCAGAAAAAAACUCAGAUCUAACCACCAGCCACUCGAUCAUUGCACCGGCCGCAAACUGCAGGACAGCGACAGGGGGCUGAAGCUAAGCCUUGCUCUCCUGAGGAGGGUGGAGUGCGCCGCAGCGGUGUGGAACGCCGUGGAGGGUCGCUAAACUCACGGCCAGCGGUGGAUUAUCCGAACCGCUCGGUGUCUGGAGGCUGAGGAAUGCGAGAGGAGGACAAGGGCAUGCUCGGUGGUAGCAGCAGCGAUGCGGGCCUGGCCAACGCCGCGGCACGGGGACAAUUGGAGAAGGUGCGGCAGCUCCUGGAAGCCGGUGCAGAUCCCAAUGGAGUCAACCGCUUCGGGAGGCGCCCRAUCCAGGUCAUGAUGAUGGGCAGCGCCCACAUGGCGGAGCUGCUCUUACUCCACGGCGCAGAACCCAACUGCGCUGACCCUGCUACCCUCACCCGACCAGUGCACGAUGCGGCCCGGGAGGGCUUCUUGGACACGCUGGUGGCGCUGCACCGGGCAGGGGCGCGGCUGGAUGUGCGCGACGCCUGGGGCCGCCUUCCGGUGGACCUGGCUGAGGAGCUGGGCCACCGCGAGGUCGCAGAGUACCUGCGCGCGGCUGCUGGRGACUGAUUGCAAGUUCCCCCAGCUGCCCACAACGACUU